UUAUAAUUUCAUUACGACGUCAACAAUUUCAUUAUAGCUUCAUUGGCAUGUACGAGUGACAUUGCAAAAAUGGAGCGAGCUAAACUGUUGAUAAUUGUUUUCUUAGGAGUGCUGACAUUCCUGUUUGAAUGUCCAACCGGCAGUGUUGCUGCCAGAAUCUGCCCAUUGCGGGCUGAACCCGUUUAUCCUGCACAGGAAAACGGCAUUUUGCGGUGCGCGUGUGUGCGCCCGUUCUUUGGGAAGAAUUGUCGCUACAAACAGCAAAAUGGAACCAUUGCGCUGAACGCGACAAGACUGACCAAGGAGUCGGUGUUGAUGAAAUGGAAAGAGAAUGCCGAGCCGAAUGAAGGGCGAAGAUACUUGAUAUCUGUUCGCAAAGUUGAGUUCAAACUCUCAACUGUCAAACUUCAUAAAUGGCAGAAGGCAUCCAUCGAGUACAUGGAACCUAACAACACCCUGUUCAAGUCUCAACAAGAGACAGAAUCAAGCGACGACCUGAGUGCGAAGGAAAUGUAUACUGACUAUACUGCUGUUCUUCGACUGCCAGGGACGUCCUCAUACGAGGUCAAGAUCACUACUCUUUCGGACGCUGGAACCGCUGGAAACCAUGUUGGGUCAACAUCUGCAAUCUUUGAUGCCUCGGACGCUUUUGUGAAUGGAACAAUGCUGGGCAUUUCAGAGAAAAUGGACCAAUUUAAGAACUAUCUUUUUGAAAGCUUUGAAGACGGCUGCGCUCUUAAAGGAAUGGUAAUCGGUGUUGUUGUUGGAACUCUUGCAACACUGAUUAUCAUAACCAUGGUAUAUGUCCUCAGCAGGUAUUAAC